AUGUUGGAAGUAAAUUAAAACGACGAGAGCAGAGUGCUGGUCCGAUCAAACGAGAAGUAAGAUUCACACUUGACCAACCAAUAAUAAAUGAUAAGGUUAGUUAAAAUUCAGGUCAAUAUCUAUUAACUCACUCUUACUAAAUAGAGAUAAACUACUUCGAAUGCUGAUCAGAUUAACACUUCUAUGCUAUUUGAUUAAGUUGACUUUGAAAAGUUGUCCUUAGAUGAUUUCGUAUUUGGGAAAAAAUUAGGGAGUGGUUCAUUCGGUUAAGUUUUCAAAACUAAAUUCAUGAUUAACAACUAGUCUUAUGCUUUGAAAAAGCUAGAGAAAAAGUUCAUAGAGAAGGACCAAAAACAUGUUUAUUUCCUUUAUGAAUAUGUUAAUAAGGGUACGUUGUCUAGAAUGAUUAGGAAAUUUGAAGGUAAAUUUCCUAUUGACCUUGCAAAAUUCUAUAUCGCCGAGAUAAUAUGCGACUUUGGUGACUCAAUUAGACUUGAUUAGGGGAAGUACUUUAAAGAGGAUAAAGAUGUUUCUUACCUAAUCCCUCAGUAAGGCACUUUUUGUGGUACACCACUUUAUGUCUCUCCUGAAAUGCUGGAAAAGAGUAUUUCUUCUCCAGGCGCAGACUUAUGGGCGCUUGGAGUGAUAAUAUACGAAUUAGUUUGUGGAACAGUACCAUUUAAAUCUAGUCAGGAAUGGCAGACUUUCCAGCUAAUCAUAAAUGUCGAUUAUAAAUUUACUCCUGCAUUCGAUAAAUAUUCUUAAGAUUUGAUCACCAAAUUACUUAAAAAAGAUCCUUAAUAGAGAAUUGGCGCUGGUCCACCCGGAAGUAAAAAUGAUUUCUAGGUCUUGAAAGAGCACCCUUUUUUUGAUGGUAUUGAUUUCAAUGAUCUACAUCUAUAACAACCUCCAUUGAAGUACUCUUAGAUUAAGCAGUCUUCAAAAUUGAAGCAUUAAUCGGCGAUUAUAAAAGAAGUUGAGACUGCAGAACUAAUGAAUACUAAUAUUAGCAAAUAAAAUCACAAACGACACUAGACAAUAGAUGCUGACAUGUUUAUGAAGGAAUAGUAAAUUAAUUAACUUACUAAUAAUGUGAAUAUGAUGUCCUUCAAUAAAACUCCUCCUCUGCCUAAAAGAGAAAUGAUGCAAUAAAUAAAAGAGCUUAAGAAGGGCUUGCUUAAAAAGAAAAAUCGCUUCUACAUGCAACAGCAAAGGAUUUUUAUUCUUACAUCAGAGCCAAGGCUUAAGUACUACAAAAAUGAUGCAGAUUUCAGAGGAGAAAUAUCGUUAACUCAGGAUGUAGUGGCUAAGUACAAUGGAGAUGGAAGUUUCAAACUUUCAACAAAUAGAAAGGUCUAUGUGCUUAAAGAAGUCAACGCUGGGGAAGCUGAGGAAUGGGUAAUUGCGAUUAAUAAUGCUGUGGAAUAGUUUGGACAAAAUUCUAAUUCAUCUGUGAAAUAAUGA